AAAACAUCGGUGCCGCCGAUGAAUAAUUUUUCUUUUGAAGAACUGAUUCGCCAAUGAAAGAAACCGCGUGAACUCCCCGCCACGCGCUUCUUCUUCCCCUCUCUUUUUUCUUUUUCUUGCUUUUUUAAGCUAAGCGGUCGGACAAACCAGAAACAGAGAAGACAACAGAAGCAGACAGUGAGUACCAGAAACCUCAUUUUCAAUUUUUUUUUUAAUGUCAUUUCAAGCUUUGUUCUCCAUUUCGAUAUUUUCCUGCUCUCCUUCAGCUAUCGGACAAGCCGCUAGGAGGACUCGGUUUUGUAAUUACCGCCAUUUCCCCUUCUCCUUACAGUUGGCGUUUGUAUCGCAUUGUACGGACGUCCCUUUCCGCCGAUUGAAUCAAGCAGAAGAAGAGAGAGAGGAGGGAAGAAGGAAAUUCUGUGACCAUCCGUACUGUACCAUUCUUCAUCGGCUAGCUACUGAAGCAGCUGCCAACUGCCCCAAUCUGUGGUUUUAAAUAAGGUUUCCCGAGGGGUUUUUGUGAGACCUCAAAUGUGUGAUACCAUGCGGCAAUCUUCACCAAGUCUAGGCCUAGAAGAGAGCAACAACAACAGCAGCAGCAACAGCAACAAGAGAAUUGGGUUGCCUCCUUCUCAUCCAAACAACCCUCAUAUUUUUGGUUCUGGGGGUGGUGGCUCUGGGGCUAGCGGAGUAGGGCCAUCUCAUUUGAGGUCAUUGUCUCAAUCCUCCAUGUUUUCUCUCGAUUGCCUCCCUCCGUUGAGUCCCAUGCCUCAUCAUCCCUCGGUUCCAACUCCUGUGUCUAUGGAGGAAAAGGCUGGAUUGCCACCUCGUAGAGGACACAGGCGAUCGAUGAGUGACACUGUUCCAUUAGGGUUCUGUGCCAUGAUCCAGUCUUCCCCUCAGUUGAUACCUUUACCGGGUCAAGGUGGAUUCGAUUUUGUGAAGCAGGAGUUGGGUUGGGGGGGAGAUGGGGAUGGUAAUGUGGAAGGGAUGGGUGAGAGGCGACGGCAAGAAAGGGAGCCUACUGAUGAGAUGCUGAGUGCUUAUAUGCAAAUGGAUAAUAUUGAUCCGUUGAACUCUUCGGGCACCGAGGAUAAGGAUUUGGACAGCAGGGCGAGUGGGACUAAGAUGAAUGGGUCUGAGAGCAGUGAUAACGAGGCAGAGAGUCAUGUUAAGGGGCUGAAGAGGAGUGCUGAUACUGAAAUUGGGCCUGCUGGUCGACACCAUAGGAGCGUGUCAAUGGAUAGCUUCAUGGGAGGUUUAAGGUUGGAUGACGAGUCGAUGAAACUUCCUCCUAGCAUGAACAGAGUUGGUCAACUAAACUCCCCUUCCAGCUCAAUGCAAGGGAAUUUCAGCAAGUUCAACUUGGAGUUUGGGAAUGGCGAGUUUACUGAUGGGGAACUGAAGAAGAUCAUGGCUAAUGACAAGCUUGCCGAGAUUGCAAUGGGUGAUCCAAAACGGGUUAAAAGGAUAUUGGCAAAUCGUCUGUCUGCUGCUCGGUCUAAGGAGCGCAAAAUGAGGUACAUUUCUGAAUUGGAGCAAAAGGUGCAAACUUUACAGUCAGAAGCAACUACAUUGUCUGCCCAGGUUACAGUUUUGCAGCGUGAUUCCUCAAAUCUCACAAGCCAGAACAAUGAACUCAAAUUCCGUCUUCAGGCAAUGGAACAACAGGCCCAGCUCAAAGAUGCUCUGAAUGAAGCACUGGUUGCAGAAGUCCAACGACUGAGGCUCUCUGCAUCAGAGCGUGGAGGAGCAGAUGCUCAUCAGCAGCAGCACCAGCAGCUUCCUGCUAAUCAUCCUCUAAUGCAGCAGCAGCAGCAGCAGCGUCAACUUACCGGUCAAAUGAAUGCAUAUCAUCAUCAGCAACAGCUAAACCAAUCAUCGCAAUCUCGAAGCAGCGAAUGAGUGUGUUGAUUUGGAAACCUCCUGCACAUUCUGGGAUUCAUGAUACAAUAUAAAAUUAGUACAAAGGGUUCAUGAUAUAGACCGAGACAAUUCGUUUACUGAUAUAUAUUUACAUAUCAUUCUUUGGGUGAAGAAAGAAGGUAAUUUAUUUAUUUUAGGUUGGAGGGAGAUAUUACAGACUACAGGUUUACAGAAGAUUACAACAGAUUCAGUAACUAAACCAUUCAUUUGUUCUUUGUAUUUGUUUGUCAGCUUGAUGUUCGGUUUCUCCUAUUCAUUCUUCUUUAGCAAAGACAUAAAUCGUGUCUUCUUCAUUUCAGAAGGCAUUGUUGUAAUGUUUGCCCGUAAUACAGAACGUUGGAUAUUUGGAAACUCUUUCACUUUCACAGUUCCAUUUUUUUCCUUCUUUUAGUUUUAGUUAUAGGGUAAAUAACAAGUUUGGUCACU